AUGACAGCCAGGUCUUCGACAAUCGUCUUUACACGAACUGGUGAUGCCGACGAAGAAGGAAAACCGCCCGAGGAAAAUGGAGAAAAUGGUGAAAAAGUGGAAGCACCGAUUCUCCGACCGGACAAUGAAGCGAGAGAUAUACCGUUGAACUCAACUUCCGCAGGUGGUAAUUUAACAUCACGAGAGCCUCAGAAUACAAAAGAAAAACUUGGACAUCGGCGAAUUGAUGAGCAAGGAGGGGUUUCAUACAAAAAAGUGCCCACAAAUGCGCUUAUGCAAGCUAUUCAGUUAGGAAUUUCGAACUCAAUAGGAAGUCUUGCGUCUUUACCCAAUCGAGAUGUCCUUCUACAGGAUUUUGAAAAAGUUGAUAUUGUUGCGUUUCCGGCUGCUGGUUCGACAAUCACUCCGUCUCACUCCUUCGGUGACUUCAGAUUCCGAACAUAUGCUCCAAUUGCUUUUCGAUAUUUUCGAAAUCUUUUCCACAUUAAACCUGCUGAUUUUUUACGAUCAAUUUGCACCGAACCAUUGAAAGAAUUAUCAAACGCUGGAGCUUCAGGAUCAAUAUUCUAUGUGUCACAAGAUGAUCAGUUUAUCAUAAAAACGGUGCAACAUAAAGAAGCUGAUUUUUUGCAAAAACUACUUCCCGGUUACUACAUGAAUCUAAAUCAGAAUCCACGAACUCUUCUACCUAAAUUCUUCGGAUUAUUCUGCUAUCAGGUAAUUAAAACUAAAUUUAUUAAUUUAAAAAACUAUUUCUUUCAGAGUCUCGGAAAGAAUAUUCGACUAUUAGUAAUGAACAAUUUGUUGCCUCAAACUGUCACAAUGCAUGAGAAAUACGACUUGAAAGGAUCAACAUACAAACGAAUGGCUAACAAAGCGGAGCGGUCGAAAGCUCACCCGACGCUGAAAGAUUUGGACUUUCUCGAAAAUCACAAAGAUGGAAUUUUCAUUGAUCCCAUUGCUUUAGAUGCGUUGAUGCGAUCGAUUAGUAGGGACUGUUUGGUGAUGGAGAGUUUCAAAAUUAUGGAUUAUUCGCUGCUUGUUGGAAUUCAUAACGUUGAAUUAGGAAUUAAAGAAAGGGCAGAACAGAACGGAGAGGUCGCACCAGCUCCAUCAACAUCAACUGAUCAGUUUUCUGGAGAAAAAACAGAAAGCCAUAAAGUGCUCCAAGAGAAAUUCAGCGUCUGGGACACAGGAGAUGGGGAUAUUCCUCAUGGCGGAGUGCCUGCUAGAAACUCAAACGGUGAUAGACUGGUUCUUUAUUUAGGUAUCAUUGAUAUUCUUCAAAAUUAUCGGCUGCUAAAGAAAAUGGAGCACACAUGGAAAGCGAUUCUUCAUGAUGGAGACACUAUCUCGGUGCACAAUCCAAAUUUCUACGCAUCUCGGUUUUUGAGUUUUAUGACUGAAAAAGUUUUCAAGAAGGGCACAGCUCUUAAACAAUCUCCAUCGCGGCGACGGAUGGUGAAAGGAAGCAGUUACGAAGAUGAACAAACAGUAGUAGUCAACAGUGCACAUCGUCCACAUCGAGAAUCCGAGCGGGACGGUUUGAAUAUGACAGUUACGGUACCCGAUGGAGCCAGUAGUACCACUCCACGUGAUUCGGCUCUUUUCGGGUCUCAAACGGCGAGAGAAUCUACUAGGCUAUAUAAUAGGGAAACGCCUGGCAUGAGUGAAGAUCGCGCCAAUUCGGCACGAGAUCCUUCAUCUUCAAUGUCCCGUGUACCGCUUCGAAGGUCUUAUCGAGACGCAGGACAGACAAUGAGCAUAGAAAAGAAAGAAAAGAAGGUGGAACGACUGUUCGCUCAACCGAAGCCAACUGAUGAGAAAUUGGCAGAAGAGCAGGAUGAAAUAGAAGAAAUAAUGGUCCAAGAAAAAGAACCAAAUAACACACAGUUUCUAUCACUAUGGAAAAACUCUGAAAAUAUAUCAAAGUUGGAGUCACAUGCAGUGAAUAGAGGAUUAGUCACAGCUGCGAGAGAUGCUCCGAACGAUUCAUCGAGUCGUUCUACACUCUGGCAGAACCUCUCCUCAAUGUCUUCCGCCGAUCAAGCUCAUCUGAUGAGUCGACUCUCAUCAACGUGGCCGUUCCAGCAAGAACGCAGAGCUCUCACUUGGCCCGUUCAUGCAGGCUUAUUAGCGAACUGUGUCACCUCCUCUUUAAUUGCAACACGAAUCAACUCAGAAAUGUUCUUGUAUGAUGCAAAGGCAAAGUUCUUCGAUUCAAUUAGGAAAUGUCCAAAAUCGCCUUUUGUGUUUGGAGUGUAUUCUUCUGGCGUCACUUAUUUCAUGCUCUAUCAGAUUAUUGUUACUCCAAAAGUGUUUAAUGAACUGACGCCCUGUCCUUCAUGCCUCAUCAUCAACAGUUUAGCAAUUGGCUUGGCUACGGGAAUCGCACUACCAAUGUUGGCUACUCCCUACUUGGCUCACUACGUUCUGAUAAACAGGGAAUCAGCAGUUGGAAAGGCUAAGUCACUGCCAGUAGUUAACAAUCUAUUAGAAUUCCUGACACUAGGUUGGGAAGGAUCUAAACCAGCCCGCUCUGUAAUGGCGACGUGCGCUGCGAUUCAGAUGCUUGCUAGUUUUGGAGCAAUGUAUACGAUGCUUUGGGGUCGAGAGCGCAUGUUCAGUACUCUCGAACUAGAUUCCGAUUUGGCUCGCCGGUUAGUCGCGGAAGCACAAACCUCUACAUCGCUGAAACAAAAGAUCCUCGACUUCUUGCGACGUAUCCCACUCAUCAAUGGAGCUAUUCCGGAAUCACCAGAGAAUGAGCGUGUUAUAUGA